UUUCAGAAAUCGGCCCAAGCAAAACACCAUCUUCUAAAAUUAGACACGCACCCUGUACUCAGCUGCUGCCAUUUGACCUGCCGGCUGCUCAAAUGGCUUCUUCUUCAUCAAUCAACACUUUCUCAUUCAACUCCCAACCAGACCUUCACAAUCCCAAACCCCUAAAACACACUACUAUGUUCAACAGACCAUAUAACCCAAGACACACACCCAAACCACUCUCUCUCUUCUCCAACCUCCAACCCAUAUCCCGCCUUCACAUGUCUCUCAAAACUCAUCAUCAUCUCCCCAAUUUUUACUCUCAACUUCCCAUUCUUCCAAAACCCACUUCAAUUCUUUCACCCCUCAAAAUAUUUUCCACUUUUUAUACUGAAAAGAUUGCAGUUUUGCUUGUUGGGUCAUUUGUUUUCUUGGGUUGUCUUUGUACUAGGCCAGUUGUUGCACUGCCUGCCCAGCAGCAGAGCAGUAACAGUGAAAAUGUGGAAGAAGAGAGAGAGACCCAGAAUGGUAAGAGUGAUGAUGAAGAAAUGUAUGCCAAGUUAUUGGAGGAGAAUCCUAGAAAUGUUGAAGCAUUGAAGGUGGUUUUGUAUGAAAAUAUGAGGAAAGGGAAGACUAAGGAGGCUGUGGAGUAUGUGGAGAGGUUGAUUGAAGCCCAACCGGGCGAAGUUGAGUGGCGGCUUUUGCAGGCUCUUUGUUAUGAGAUGAUGGGGCAAUUCAGCAAGGCUAAGAGGUUGUUCAAGGAAAUAUUAGCCAAAAGGCCUCUCUUACUUAGAGCUUUACAUGGUCUGGCAAUGGUGAUGCACAAGAAUAAUGAAGGCUCAGCUGUCUUCGAGAUGCUAAAUAAGGCUUUAGAAGUUGCUCGUCAUGAAAAAAGAGUUACUGAGGAGAGAAACAUUAGAAUUUUAAUUGCACAAAUGCAUGUUGUAAAGGGGGAGUUGGAGGAGGGCUUGAAAAUUUUUCAAAUUCUGGUUGAUGAGAAUCCUAGGGAUUUUCGGCCUUAUCUUUGCCAGGGAAUAAUCUACAGUCUACUGGACAAGAAGAAGGAAGCUGAUGAACAGUUCCAGAUAUAUCGAAGUCUUGUACCUGAAGAAUUCCCACAGAGAGGAUUCCUUGAUGAUGUUGUAUUGGCAGCAAAAACAGGGUCUCAGCAGCAGUUUGAGAAGGAGUUUAAAGCCGAAUUCUCUUACAAAAACUAAGAGUUUUGCAAUACUUUUGUAUCUUUCAUGCUGAAUUAUGCUUAUCAGCUGAGCUAGUAGAUUCUGUUUUAGGAUAGAUCGUAGAAGGAUGAGAUGCAUUUUUUAUUUGAGUAUUGUACUUUGAUAUUUGCUCAAACAAACUUUGUAAAUACUGAUUGCAUAGAAUAGGUUUUGGAAAGGCAGUUGUGACCAUGUAGAACUUUCUGUCACAUAAUUGUGGUGUACAUAAUAUGAAUUCCACAGUGUGGAUAGGAUAUGGAAUUUUGCUGGAAUUGAUUUUUGAAUUGCAGUUCGUUUA